UACCCUCCUCUGAAUUUUUCCCUUCACUGCCCCUCUUCUGUGUUGGCUCCAGGCUGUGGCCGAGCAUGCACAGCUUAAUCCUGGCGUGUUGCGGGAUGCUCUCCUGCCCAGGGCUCGGGAAGGGCAGGGAGGCAUGGCAGCGUUCUCCUUGACGUGGAUGGCGCUGUGAAGUCCCUUCUUUUCCCUGCGAGAAUCCUGACUAUGCAGAAAUUUAUCGAAGCGGAUUAUUAUGAACUAGACUGGUAUUAUGAAGAAUGCUCGGAUGUUUUAUGUGCUGAAAGAGUUGGCCAGAUGACUAAGACAUAUAAUGACAUCGAUGCUGUCACUCGGCUUCUUGAGGAGAAAGAGCGGGAUUUAGAGUUGGCUGCUCGGAUUGGCCAGUCGCUGCUGAAGAAGAACAAGACCCUGAGCGAGAGGAACGAGCUGCUGGAGGAGCAGGUGGAGCACGUCCGGGAGGAGGUGUCUCAGCUCCGGCAUGAGCUGUCCAUGAAGGAUGAGCUGCUCCAGUUCUACACCAGCGCCGCGGAGGAGAGCGAGCCCGAGUCCGUGUGCUCGACCCCGUUGAAGAGGAGUGAGCCAUCGUCCUCAGUUCAGAAUUACUUUCACCUGGAUUCUCUUCAGAAGAAGCUGAAGGACCUCGAAGAGGAGAACGUUGUACUUCGAUCCGAGGCCUGCCAGCUGAAGACAGAGACCAUCACCUACGAAGAGAAGGAGCAGCAGCUGGUCAAUGACUGUGUGAAGGAGCUGAGGGAUGCCAACGUGCAGAUUGCCAGCAUCUCAGAGGAACUGGCCAAGAAGACCGAAGAUACUGCCCGCCAACAGGAGGAGAUCACGCACCUGCUGUCUCAGAUCGUCGACCUGCAGAAGAAGGCCAAAGCUUGCGCAGUUGAAAAUGAGGAGCUGGUCCAGCACCUGGGGGCCGCGAAGGAUGCCCAGCGGCAGCUCACGGCCGAGCUGCGCGAGCUGGAGGACAAGUAUGCCGAGUGCAUGGAGAUGCUCCACGAGGCGCAGGAGGAGCUCAAGAACCUCCGGAACAAGACCGUGCCCAACACCACGUCCCGGCGCUACCACUCGCUCGGCCUGUUCCCCAUGGACUCCUUGGCAGCCGAGAUCGAGGGGACAAUGCGGAAGGAGCUACAGUUGGAAGAGCCCGAGUCACCGGACAUCGCUCACCAGAAGCGCGUCUUCGAGACCGUGAGAAACAUCAACCAGGUCGUCAAGCAGAGGUCUCUGACGCCCUCCCCCAUGAACAUCCCUGGCUCCAACCAGUCCUCGGCCAUGAACUCCCUCCUGUCCAGCUGUGUCAGCACCCCCCGGUCCAGCUUCUACGGCAGCGACGUUGGCAACGUCGUCCUGGACAACAAGACCAACAGCAUCAUCCUGGAAGCAGAGUCAACAAACCUGGGAAAUGAGCAGAGUAAGAAGCCGGGUACACCGGGCACCCCAGGCUCCCACGACCUGGAGACGGCGCUGAGGAGGCUGUCCCUCCGGCGGGAAAACUACUUGUCGGAGAGGAGGUUCUUCGAGGAGGAGCAGGAGAGGAAGCUCAGGGAGCUGGCGGAGAAGGGCGAGCUGCUCAGCGGCUCCCUCACGCCCACGGAGAGCAUCAUGUCCCUGGGCACGCACUCCCGCUUCUCCGAGUUCACCGGCUUCUCGGGCAUGUCCUUCAGCAGCCGCUCCUACCUGCCCGAGAAACUCCAGAUCGUGAAGCCGCUGGAAGGUUCCGCCACCCUUCACCACUGGCAGCAGCUGGCCCAGCCUCACCUCGGGGGCAUCCUGGACCCCCGGCCCGGGGUGGUCACCAAGGGCUUCCGGACGCUGGAUGUCGACGUGGAUGAAGUGUACUGCCUUAACGACUUUGAGGAAGACGACACAGGUGACCACAUUUCCCCCCGGGGCCUAGCUACCUCCACGCCAGUGCAGCGCCCAGAGACCUCAGGUGAGAGGUCCCGAGCAUGCGUGACUGUCUCAGGCGGCAGAAGUUACCCGAGCCGGCCUCAGGCUUUCCCAGAAGAGAUGCAGGAGCCGCCGGCGGCCGCGGAGGCGGAGGCGGAGGCCGAGGAGGGGUCUGGUGAGGGCACCCAGCUAAGUCCCGUGAGCCCGGCACCCGUACCGGAGGCAGAGCUCUGGGCCGUCCUCACCUCUGUCCCGGGCACCAUCCGUAGUGGCGCUCUGUCUGUAGCUUCCGCUCGUCCGUGUGGGUGAUGACAGCAUUCCCGUGGCAAAAUUCUGGUUU